AUAAAAUAAUUUAGGAUUUAUGUUCUUUUUAUGCUUGAUGUUCUUAAUGUUAGAUUCUGGAUGAGAGUUAUACGAUUUACAUAAUAGUAUGAUUAUAAUUAAUUUUAUAAUUUUUAAAGUAAGGGGUCACAGACUUAUAGUGAGUAAAUUUGGGGCUGUUUUUAAAAGUACCCAGAAAUUAUUUGUCGAAAUUAUGGGCUGGUUUCAGACCCAAUAUUCCAUAGCCCAAACCCAGUCGAAUCUUGACAUAAAACAAUCGUUUUAUAUUUUUAUUUGAUUUUUCAGAAAAUGCGAUUAGGUCAGGUUUGAUUUGAGAGGGAAAUCAAUCAAUCUUCAGCGAUGGGUAAAUCCAAAGAUGAUCGCAAGCUCAAAAGAUCAUCUUCUUCUCCGCGAGAUGAAUCGAGAAGCAGAAAGCGUAGAAGUAAGGACGAUGAUGAUGAUAAGGAACACAAGUCGAGUAAGAAGCAUAAAUCUCAUAGUUCUUCCAAGCACCAUUCUCGUAAAGAAGACAAGUCUAGUGGGAAGCGCAAGCAUAAAGGCCACAAACAUGAUAAACUUCCAAAACUUGAUAUCCAAGAAUUGAGCGAUGAAGAUUACUUCUCGAAGAACAACGAGUUUGCUACAUGGCUAAAAGAAGAGAAAAAGAUGUUCUUCUCGGAUCUAUCAUCGGAUGCAGCACGGAGUCUGUUUUCGGAAUUUGUGGCAGAAUGGAACAACCAACAACUUCAACCCCAAUACUACCAAGGGAUUGCAACCGCGCCGCGAACGUCACAUAAGUGGAACAUCAAAAACUAGACUCUAAUUUUAGUGUUUGUAAUUGAGAAUUGAGAUCAUCAUCAUGAGAUGUAGAUGAUGAUAAGCUAUCUUGCAACAAUCAAAAGUCGUUUUCGAUCA